AUGAAUAAAAAGUUUUUAACAGGAGAAAAGAGCAAUUCUGGAAAUAAUAAUAAAAAAAAGCCAUAGACAACUCAAUUAACUAAAAUAACAAGUCUCUUCAAAGUAGAGAGAAUAGUUAAGUCAACCUCUAGAAACAAUUUCAGUUCUAUUGAAGCAUUUAAAAAUGAUGAUAGCAGAAGAAUGAUUGAUGAAAGAGAUGAGCAAAUCAAGAAGAUUUCUGUUUUAGAAAAUUCAAAUGGGUAUAAAGAGAGUGUCCCAUCAGAAAGGGAAGAGAAAAGAAGAGAAUUAUAAAAAACAAUAAAAUAAAUAUAUGAGAAUGAAACAGAGACUGAUACAGAAACAGAGUUAGAGGUUGAAAUCGAAAUUGAAACUGAGGAGUAAUAGAAGAUCAGAUAAAUUUUAGAAAUCAGAUAAGCUAAACAAAAAAUAGAAAAUAUUUAUUAACUACCUUAUUAUGAUUAAAAAUAAUGGAUCAAUAAAGAAAGGAUAUUAAAAGAGUUAGCAGAUAAAAAGCAUAUAAAAAGGCAUGAAUUUUUUACUCAAUUAACUUAAUUAAUAAGAAUAUCUAACACAAGCUCAUCAAAUAUUAACUUAGAUUCUCUUAAAAUAUUUGUGACUAAUUAUUUGAAGGAAAAAUAAAGCGAUUUUUUUGAGAAUUUAGUACCUUUUAUAGCAAAGUUAGCUUUAGAGAUCACUCAACUAGACGAUGUUCCUAUAUUAGUAUAAAAUAAAGAAGGAAAGAUAACUCUUACUAAAAGAUAGGUAGCUACUUUCUUAGCUAAUAUGUUCUUUUGUACUCUUUCUUCUCAAAUCUCUAAAAAUAUACCCUAUGGUAAUAGCUUCAAAUCAUUAUAUACAGGAAGCUUAAAUUAUAACUAGUCAGAUAGAAAGAUAGAAAAAAUUAUUUGCAUUUACAACUACUUCCUCUCAGUGAAGGAAGCUAUUGAAAAUAGACCAGGUGAAUAUGAAUAACAAAAGGUUACCUACCACAGAAUUGUUUUUGAUUAAAAUAUCCAUUCUAACUCUGAUGUAAGUAUAUUUUGGAAAUAAAACACCACCAAACUUAUAAAAGUAACCAACGAAAAAGAUGCAAAUAUUGAGGACUUUAAAGAUGCCAUACACUUAGACUUUGCUAAUGCGUAUAUAGGAGGAGGAGUUCUUGAUCACGGAUUAGUUUAAGAAGAAAUUAGAUUCAUGAUAAGUCCAGAAUUAAUAAUUAGCAGACUUUUUUGCCCAAAAAUGGAAGAUAGGGAAGCUAUAAUGAUUAUAGGAUCUGAAAUAUACACAAAAUAUAGUGGUUAUGGAGAUUCUUUUCAUUGUGAAGGAAGAGUAGAUUAAAGCAAUAUAAAAUUAGAUAGUUAAAAUAGAAAAUUGACAGCUGUAUUGGCAAUUGAUGCAAUUCAUUAUGGUUAAUCAUAUGAUUAAAAUAUUUAGUACAGAAUGAAUAGCAUUAUUAGAGAAUUAUUGAAGGCAUAUAUAGGCUUCCAUGGAGGAUAAGAACUAAUUUAGUCUGAACAAUCUUUAGGAAAUGGUAAAAAGUUUUAAAUUUCUACAGGAAGAUGGGGAUGCGGUAUUUUUAUGGGUGACCCAUAACUAAAAUUUUUGAUUUAAUGGGUAGCUGCAAGUCUAGCCUAAAGAGAAAUGAUUUUCUGUUCGUUUAAAGAUAAAGAACUUGAUGACAUUCAAGAAAUAAUAGAUGAAUUACAAAAUAAAAAUAUUUCUUAUGUUAUAAAUCUCAUACAUAGAUACACUGAAUAUUUCAGAUAAAAAGACUCCAAAUUUUCAUUAUUCUAAUAUGCCAAAGAGUAUUUUGGCCAAAAAAACAAAAAUUGA